AUAAAAUAUAUAUUCUGUUUCCCCAGAGGAGAGAUCAGGGUGGCGAUCUCGAAGAUGAAAGGAGCCACGAGCACUGAUUCAUCUUCUUCUUCUUCUGCAGCCAAAUCCAAGAAACCAGUAUAUUCAAGGUUUUCCCAGCAAGAGCUUCCUGCAAACAGGCUAAUUCUAACGCCAGCAUCUAUUAUCACAGCAUUUAUCGCUGUGGGAUUAAUCUUUAUCCCUCUUGGCCUUGUUUCUUUGUUUGCAUCCGAUAGCGUGGUGGAAAUUAUCCACAGAUAUGAUGUUGAUUGUCUUCCUUCAGAAUACCAGAACAAAAUGGUUGAAUUCAUUCAAAGUAGCUCAACUAAGAAGACCUGUACUAAGAGUUUAACUGUUCCUAAGCAGAUGAAAAGUCCUGUUUUCAUCUAUUAUCAGCUUGAAAACUUCUACCAAAAUCAUCGCCGAUUUGUGAAAAGCCGAAGCGACAAGCAGUUGCACUAUGGAGACAAGAACGCGAUAUCAGCUUGCGCACCGGUAGCCCAAUCGACUGAUAAAUCUCCGAUUGUUCCCUGUGGCCUGGUAGCUUGGAGUCUGUUCAAUGACACUUAUGGCUUCUCAGUGAAAGGCAAGUCCUUACAAGUUAACAAAAAGGACAUUGCUUGGGGAAGUGACAAGAAUUAUAAAUUCGGACACAAUGUGUUUCCUGAAAAUUUCCAGAAAACCGAUCAGGUUGGAGGUGCCAAACUUGAUUCAAGCAAACCUUUGAGUGAGCAAGAGGAUCUUAUUGUCUGGAUGCGCACGGCAACAUUACCGACAUUCAGAAAACUGUACGGGAGAAUAGAGCAGGACCUUCAAGCUAACGACAUGGUUACUGUUGUGAUAGAAAACAAUUAUAACACAUAUGGUUUUAAAGGCACAAAGAGCCUUGUGCUCUCAACUACAAGUUGGAUUGGUGGGAAAAACAAUUUCAUCGGCUUGGCUUAUAUUACCGUGGGGGCAAUUUGCUUGCUCUUGGCUAUAUUCUUCAUUCUUUUGUAUGUUAUCAAGCCAAGGCCACUUGGGGAUCCAGCUUACUUGUCCUGGAACAGAAACCCAGGCGGAACUUAGACUUUGGAUUGUCACUCGCGC